GCUGAUUACGAAACCGACACCGAAUUUCUUGCCUCGUUACUGUAGCAGGGACAAUUAAGGCAGCCUGGUUAUUGUAACAGUAACGCAACACUUCACAAGCAAACAUCAUUACAAUACAACACUACUGAGACAUGAGAAAGUCAACCCCACGACGCGCCCUCGCUAAAGGAGUCAAUAAAAGGCUAUGUUAAACAAGCAAUACCUCCACGCACAUUACAGUGGAGAAGGAGGCGGCGUUACAGGUUCAUUAAGAGGACAAGUAGUAAAGUGACUUCAACGUGAUGGCCGUAGUGAGGGUCGUGGCGUCACAUCAGGGUUGUCUCCUCCUCCCCCUCAUGGCUGCCCCUACGCCCCAGCCACCUCAUUUACGCGUGGUUUCCUACACCUUCCUGAUCCCUCUCUGUCUGUUAUCUUUAGCUAUACUUUACCUACAUAAUCUAUACUGUGUUUUAGAAGGUCCAGAAAGCCUUUAACCAGUGUGAAAUCUGGUUCUCACCGCUCUGUUGUCUCCUCCUCCUCCACCUCAUGGCUGCCCCUACUCGAUGAGAGAUGAAGAGUGGGCACCCCGCGUAGGACUGCAAGGAUGGAAACUGAAACGACCCAGAGCCGCGUCAAAGUGCUGAGCGAGGAGCCGUUCUGUGUGUGUAGCUCUGGAUUUUUCCCUCAAUCACCGCCACAAUGAAUAUAUGGCGGCCGGACCCGUUGAAGGUGUGCGGGGAAAAGUUCACCAAUGCCACGCUGGGGUUCCACGAGUGUGUGUGUCAAUUUGAUUACCGCCACCAUAAGAGUUAUAAGCAAGCCCUAAAGUACAAGCACUGCCUCUUGGCAGAUGAAAUGAGGAGAAUAGACAACUUUGAGCUGUAUGUCAUCAUUGCUGUGGUCGUGGGGGCGGUGCUGAUCUUUGGUGUGGCGGCUUUCUGUUCUUGCAAGUGGUACUUCCACACAAACAGCAACCCGUGUGGGUGUUGUCGCAAGAAGAAGAAGAGAAAAAAGAAAGAUGAGACAACAGAAGAAGAUGCCACAAGCAGUCAUGCUCAUGAAAAUGGGAACCAAGCAUGGACUCCCAUACGCCUCGUUUCUGCUAAGGAGCCCGGCAGGGAGUCCCAAGACUCCCACACAGACACAGAGGAUCCUGCGCAAGACAAGAAGAAGGGGCUGUGUAUGAAGUUUUGUCUCAGUGACCCAGUUCAGGAUUGUUGUGAGUUCUUUGACUGUGACAUUAUGUGGCGCAAGAAGAGCAUCUACACUGUACCUGUGUUCGGCCGGCGGAAGCCACCUCCAAUGCAGAGGAGACCCACUCGCCCCGCUCCACCGCCCCCCAGGCCCCAAGUAACCCCUAUUGUGAAGCAUCCCGAGCCCCUGCACAUUGGGUUCGAGGAGCUGGAGUGUGAACCCAUACCUGAGGCUCCUCCUUCCCCCGAGCCAGUGAGGGUUGACCAGCCGAGGGCCAUGUAUGUGGAUCCGUUUGCCUUCCUUCAGAAACCAUUCCUGAAAAGCAAAGAAAAGACAUCUGAGGAAGAACCUGAAGCUUUGUAUAGCAAAAUGAAGGGCUUUGUGUUUGGCAAGAAGAAGAGCAGUAGUGUGGCAUCACUCAACCAAGUUGGUGUGUCCACCAACCCAGACACUGUUAGUAAUGCUUCAAGCAAGAAGAGCAAGCACAGCAAGACUGGGAGCUUGGCUUCAUUGCAUAACCUGAGUGAUGAACAACUGGACAAGGGGUACCAUGCCAAGAGGUCCAUGAGUCUUGCCUCGUUGCACAUGGUGGAGGAGGAGAACACGCAGCAGCUUGUGCCUAAGGGACCAGGGAGCAAACUUCAGGUGGCCAGGAGCAGAGGCUCCCUGCAUAACAUUUGUGAGGAUGACAUUCCUCCAUCAAUGAGAACAGAUGAAUACAUUGACCUUGAGGAGAUGAACAGGCGAAUCGAGGCAAAGAUGAUGGCUCAGCAGGCUAAUCAGACCAGACAGGAGACCUCAGGACCUCAGAAGCCUCCUCCACCAAGCACGGAGAGUAAGCCCACAUCACCUCCACCCAUCAUGCGGACACCAGACUUCAUUCCGGCUUCGGCAUACACACAGCCACCACAGCCCACAGCACCACAGCACUACAAAUCGUUCCCCCCUCAGUAUGACUGGGACGCCACGCAAAGGCCCGUCUCACCACAAGGAAGACUUAUCAUGUCUAAUGGGGAUGGAAUGAUGCCAAAGUAUUAUCCACCAGUGCCUGCAACCCCUGAGAAACCUGCAGUGCCAGCAAGACUAGCUGUUGGAACCCCUAUUGUUGGUAAUGGUACUCUGGGAAGACCCAAGCCUACAGUGCCACCUCGCCCAGGCAGCAACUCCCCCAAGCCACGGGCUCCACAGCCGCCAUCAAUGCAGGGAACGCUGGGGAGGUCAGGACAUGUGGUGAAGCCUUCCUCCCCGCCGCCGCCACCGCCAGUCACUGCUCCCAUAGAGUCGUCCCUCUGAGGAAGGCCAGUUUGUGGCUCAGAAUGGGGUCAGUUACAUUACAUAAAGUUAAUCACCCAAAUAUUUGUCUGCUCAAUGAACACUUGUCGAGUACCCGUUUGUGCAAAUGUUGUGUUGCCGAUGGACUGUCUUUCAUUCUCAUGAUGCAUCGUGAGACCCAAAUCAUUUAAGUAAGAAGUUGCCUUCCUGUGCAAAGGAUAGAAUGGCUGUAAUAGACAAAUCUAAGCUUCCUCCCCAUGAUGUUGAUUCACACCAAAGGGUAGAGUAAUAUUUCAAUUGUGCCAUUGUAAAUAACUUUCAAGCAUCAUGCAUUUAGGCUUCUAAGGGUAUUUAAGUGUAUCUCUAACUCAAUCAGCAUCCUGGAAAGAAAGUUACAAAAAAUCAUAGAAAUUAUUGUUGUACUGAUUUUAUAUCCAAGUGUGUCUUAUUCAGAUAUACAUAUUGGCCUAGCAUGUAACCAUCAUCUGUUACUGCUAUUCAGGAAUGAAAAACUGGCAGGCUGAUUAUGUUUUAGUGUGAUGUAGGGUUCAGGUGAUGAUCAUAAACAUUUGUGACUCACCAAAACAGGACAGCCUUGUUUAGUGUGUGAUGGGAACAUGAGCAGUGAUGCAGCGUGGCUGGCAUUUGGACAGACUGCUGUGGCUGUUUUAUGCUGCUGCUGCUGUUGUGUUGCUGUCACUCCUUUGACAAUGUAAACCAACCUGAAGUUCACAUGAUAAGUUCACUAGUCUCCAGAAACUGCUCAGCUCAGUAAAUUCUUUGUAUAUUGUACUAUUGCAGUAUUUUUACUACUUUGCUUUUAAUUCUACAUGGACAGUAUUUGAGAGUAUCUAUGAAUGUUUACAGGGAUAGUAGUAAUGUUAUCUUACUUCACUAAAGAUAAAUAUGUCUUGUAUUGUGCAUUGUAGUUCCUUGUGUUAUGAUAACUAUUAUAGCUACUUAUCCAUGUACUGUUGAAAUGAAUUUAUUCUAUUAGGUGUCGUGACUAAAUUUGCAGAAAAGGUUCCGUCUCACUCUGGUUGGCAAAACAUGUUGCUGAUAACUUUUAUGGAUGCUUUUCAACGGUCUGAUAGUUAUUUCUGUUGGAAAUUUCCAUGUAUUUGGUCUGGCUUACCCUGGCCACCUAAACUAACCAAGCCUGCCUGUGUGAUGUAACCUACCUAUGGGUAGCUACUUGUCUCCACGGAAUUACUAACCUAUCGCCAUGGGUUGGUGACUAAAUGUCACCAAAUUAGUAUCUUGACCCCACUGGCUGUGAUGGCUCAGCAUGGCACAGCUCAACUCUGCUGGCUUGGCCUGCUCAGAGGUAGUGAAUAAACAUGUUUCCCGCUGACUCAUUAAUAUGACAAUGAAAUGAUUUAUAAGAAGAGAAUUUAGUGAUAUCUAGUGGAAAAUGUUGUUAGGUUUAUUAAUAUUCAUAUUAGGAAAAAUAGCGUCAACCAUUGGUGUGAGGCAGGGCCUUUUCUGAAAUGUUUCAAUACUGGAUUUCAAACAUACUUAUUAUUAUGAAAUAUUUUUGAAAAUGAGAUGAAUGAGUGAAGCAGAAUAGUGUGUUGUACAAAGGAUUAAGAUAUGGACAGUAUAAUUGAUCCAAAGUUACAUAUCUUCAUAAUCAUUAACAUUUUUAUCAUACGCGAGGGGAAAGGGGGGUCUUUGACACAUUAGAAAUGCAUUGCAUCUGCAAAUUGUGAACAUUGGUACUUUUUUUAUGAAAUCAUCCAUUGCAUUGUAAAUAGUGUAAAUAUUUUGUAUAAUUUGUAAAUAGCUAACAGAGGCCAGUUGUAGACAUUACAGUAGACCUGACAUGUAAUGGCAUGUAUUUGGGGGAGGAAACACCCAGCUCAACACUGCCAAUCAAGUGUUGGGGCUGGGCUGUCAUUGCUUCUGGGCUGGUGACUCUGAGGAUGGGUAGGCAUAAGUUCCCUGCUGCUGUAAAUCAUUUUGUAUCAUAAACAUGUGAUGGGUGAGGGAAGUUCCACGUACUUAUAUUAUUCGUUGACUAGAAGGACUGCAUUUUGAGGUAGACUCCAUCGUAUGUUCCUUGACUCCUCCUUACUCCUGUUUUCAUAAGCUCACUUUUCCAUUUUUAAACCUCUUCUGUGACCCUCAUGGCUUGCAGAUAUUCUCAGUGAACCACAAAGUUUCUCAGUCAGUAGUAUGAUCUUCCUCCAGUCUGCUUAGUAGUUACUCUACCCUUUGAAUACUGACAACAGUCCUCCUCUUCAAAUAACUCAGCCCAUUACAGUUUUAUUGACAUGAUAUAACAUUUCAUGAUCUUUGUUACUGCUAGUUUACAUAGUUCCUUUACCAUGCAGUCUUGUCAAUGUUUUGCCUUGCUUAAGUGCUAGAUAGUACUGAGGCAGGUGUGCCUAUACAAGCAAAUGAAAACUACACACAGGAAGGGAGUUUUGAGGAUCUCAAGGAAAUUAAAGGAUCAAGGCCACAUCAAUCAGAGGUACAAACUUAUAUUAAGCCUAUCAAUAGCUGAUUGUUUCAUUGGUACUUAAGCUUACAGAAAAUUUAUUGAAUAGUCCCGGAUGAUUUUAAUCAAUGUGGUUCACCUGAUGAUGGUUUCUCUCUAGACUGUCUUUUUCUUCAUCCUGGAAUCAACCUUUACUGUCUCCUGUGUGGAAAACAGAGAAUUGAUGGUUGAUAAUAGUUGGGCAAAGCGCUCUCACUUUAUCACUUGAGUCAGGUGCAAUCCCACACCCUGCCUGGUGCUGGAUGUGGUGUUACAAUGUUUAUGAUGUUUAUUGAUGCUUCUGCUGUUUCUGGGAUCAUUAUUUGAGUGUUUUAUGCAGGAAAAGUGUUGUCUUAGCCUUGCUGUACACAGGUGUGGGUGUCUGUUGCUGGGAGUGGCAUAAUCAUAUUGAUGAUGAUGCUGGCACUGAUGUGGGGGAAAGAGCCACAGUCAGGUGCUGCCUUUUCAGCACUAGCUAGUUUUUGUGCCAGAGUUAAGUGUUGAUGGUCAUCUAACUACUUGCUUCAAAGAAACUGAUUAAUUAUGGGUGUUCAUAGAGAAAAGUAAGAUAUUUGUAUAGAUUCUUAUACCAGAUACACAUAGCAAGACUACAAAAGGUCAGGUGGCCUACACAGGACAGCUCAGUGUACACUUUUUGAGCAAAUUACGUCAAUUAGAACAGAAUGAACUUGUGAUGAAUAGUCUGGCACUGAAAUAGUCUGACGUUGAAAUGGUGGCGCUGAAUUGGGCUAUCUCCUGUUCCUGGUAUUUUAUAUUAGUUUGCUAAAUAAGAAAGAUGCAAGCUUGGUCUUGAUGUGUACAGUUGUGGGCAGGUGUAUCAAGCAGCAGGGCAGGUGUUACAUGGCUGCCUCAGUGUUGCAUUUAUGUUGUGCUUAGAGGAUCGGGAAAGCAUAUAUUUCAGUAUUGAUGGUUUGUGAUCAGAUUCCAGAGUAUUUUAGGCUUAUGAUUAUAUGUAUUUACUCAGUUCCUUUCAGUCUGGCUGCUGGUCUUUGUUUAAGAGUGUUAAGGAAGCGAAAGGAAGGGACGCUUGCGUAGGACUAUUUUAUCAUUCUUAAGGACUCCAGGAAAUUGAUUUGACGUCACAAACCUUUGGAGUGUGAAAUGAAUCUUUUAUAUAUGAUCAUUAACACUCAUUGGACUCUAUGAUGUUGCAUGUACUUAGGACAUCUUUUCAUUCAUUGAUGUAGUGAUGACUUGGACCAUUAUGUACUGGCCAAGAGCUUGUGUUUAUUAUAUUUUCUUGAUCCCUGGAUUGGAACUUCGUAUGGGAAUUUCCAACGUGUGUAUUGUGAUAAUGAUUUAAGAGUCCUUGUGUGUGGUGGAUUCUGGGUAGUAUUCGGUGGCAAGGACAAAGUGUCACUGUGGCUUUUGCAGUGAAUGAGGGACAUUUUGAAAAGCUCCUCUGAACCCUAAACAUUGUAUGUGAUUAUUCCUCUUUGCCUCUCAUUGGCUUUGAACAAGUGCCCUGAGGCUGAUGAGGAUGCUCUCUACCUUACUGAGAAAUUGUUGGCAUUAUGAGAACUUGACAAAAGUACCUUAGUCUGUCUAAUCCAUUUAUACAGACUGGCAUUGAUUAGUUUUGUUGAUUGUUUCAAUAUUGUUAAUUAUAUUAAUUCAGAAAUCAGGUUCUAUAUUUGAAUUAAUAAGAAACUGUAUGGGAGCUUGCUGUGGCUAAAUUAUUUUAAGUAAUAUAAUAACCUUUAUUUUUUAGUAAGGUGAUAUCUCUGGAUAACUUUCAAUGAAACAAAGUUAUCAAAACGUGACCCCUGAGAUUGUACGUCACAUACUGCAAUUUGUGGUUAGUGAUUAGUAGCACCUUGAGAGUCUUACUACUUGAUUGAAUGCACAUGUAUGUAGCUGUUAUGCAAUGGAAGGGAGAGUGUUGUAGUACCUUCAUUGAAAAAAUACUCAUACUUACCAAGAAAAAUGGGAGGGAAACUUAAUUUUGCAACAGGAGCAAGGAAAACAUAUGAUAGGAGACAUCACACAAUGUUAUCAAUUAAUGGAAAAGUGUAAUUAUACAUCUAUUGAAAGAAUGUUCAUACACCAAAAGAAAAGAAAAAAAGGGGGGGUAAUGUGAACUUGCAUCAGGAGCAAGGAUAACUUCUGUUGCAGUGAAAUGAACCAGUCCCCCGUUGCUACAAGGGAGAUGGUGUUGUGUGGUGGUGUCAGCAAGAGUGAGAAGGAAUGCAUGAAGCAGAGGUAAAGGAGGGAAUGGCAGGGCUGAUGCAGCACCUUGAUCUUGCUGACUUCCGGGUGUUGGGGUGCCUGGCUUGUGCCGGCCUGCUGCCGUCAUGGGAGUGGGACAUGUAUGCGUGUGUGGGGAAAGUAUAUGAUUUUUUUUUUUUUUUUAUUAAUAUGAAAUGAGGUUUUGCUGUAUUUUCGAUGUGUUGCAAUGGACCGUAUUGGCUAUACAGGCAGCGCCACACUUGGCCACUCAGUGAACUGUCAAAGCCGUACUUUCCAUAGAACUCAAGUUAUGUACUAGAGUGCGUCUGAGGCUGCCUCCAGUAUACAAGGCUUUGGUGCCGCCACCGCUCCAAGCCAACGACUGCACACACUUUACUCCAACCCGACUUCCUGACUCUACUAUUUGACAUGGAGAGAAACUGAAAUCAGGUAGGAGUGAAGUGUGUGGAAUCAUCGGCUUGUGGCGACGGCGGCAUCGUGGCUGUGUAUCACUUGAGACAUCCUCAUACUCACUAGUCUAUAAUGUGAACCAUAUGGAAAAUUCAGCUUGGAGUUGAGUGGCCACAUGAGGUGCUGACUGUACAGCCGAUAUGGUCCAUUGCAGAAAACGCAGGAAUCAAAAUAUUGUUGUGCAAUCUACUAAGAAUAAUUAACUAACAAGUAUGUCUGUGCUAAGUGCGAAUAAUGCUGCCCCGAUAGUUACAACAGGGAAGCGAAGAUUAAUUAUUUUCUUGGCAGCUAGUAUGAUCAUGUGUCCUGUCAGUAACUUAGCAAUAUGCCAGUAUGAAAUAGUUCCAUUAUUCAUAUGCUGACCGAGCUCCAUUGUGAUAAUGUAUGCCAUACUUUGUAUAGUGUAAAUAAUAAUGGAAAUGAUUGA